GUCGUGUGUAGCACAUGUGCUCUCCAGCGUAGCUUGAUGCUUUUGCUGCACUGAUGGAGCCUCACUGUGGGCUUCUGUGAUCAGCUGGAGCCUUUAUGAGCCGCCUCAGGCGCCGUGGUGCCAUCACACAACACUAAUAUACUACAUGUGAGUAUUAACAGAGCUUCAUUGUGAGCAAAGAGCAAAUCCCUAUUUCAUUUCUCUAAACUGCCUGCAUAGGGUGAAUAUUUAUUUUUAAGGCCUACGUCGUUUAUACCAAUAGUUAGUUGUGUUUUCCCAUAAACUUGUACCACUGUGGCAUCAGCCCUAAAACAUGACACAUAAGGCACUUGCUGGAAAAUGAUGCACCCUAGCAUGCGUAUGAUUAAUUACAGCGGUGACCACAGCGGCAGCGGCUCGGUGACUGAGUACUGUCUGUUUAAUGAACAGCACAUAAUAAUUAGCAUUCCAGGACCUUGAGGUUUUGCUCAAGUGCCCUUUAGCAAAGCGUUUCACCGAGGGAUUAAAACAAGUCCUCUACAAAGUUUUUUCUCCUCCUGGCUUCGAUUUCACAUAAUCUGAAAGUCAAAGUCAAAACCCCACGGACUUGUUGCUUCAGUCUUACCGACAUUGUGCUGCUCUGUAUGGUUCUGACUUGUAGAUUCAAGCUUCAUACACACCCUCGAUGACACCAAUUACACUCUAAUUUCCAUCUGCCGGCAAGAAGAGUUUACGUUCACACGUCUAAAUUGAAGAGAUCAAGAUGAUAAAGUAUAAAUGAAUAAUGUGAUUUUCAUUCGUUACCCGGCGUUGCAGCCGGCUUGAAAAAUUCAUUCAUGCUGGAGUUCUGUGGCGGCGAGGAACAGCGAAGGGAACAAAGUAUUCUGGAGGAAAGAUGAGGUGAAAAUAAUGAUAUUACGCUGCGCUUUGAUUGGCAGGCGGAACAGAAAGGAGGAAUCACAGAGAAUGAACAAACAGCGCCUGAAAGCGGCGGGAGAGGAGUCGAACGCAUUGGCGCUGACCUGUGGUCAAAUCCCAGCAGAGCCGCUUUCUGCUGAGACGCUUCAAACCCGGCUCAGCCAGUGUCCUUUAAAGGCGAAGCCAGUGACGGGAGAACAAAGCUCCGAAGGAAACCGCGUCUCCGCUAGAAAGGUUACAGAGAAGCCUUAAGGGCGUCAGAGCCGUUAAACACAGACACGCCGGCUGUCGACUGGAUCACUUCUGAGUCGUGCAGUUGAAACCAGUCGUAACUGGCGGCAAACAGGAAGGAGGGUUCUUAAAAUGGGUGUUUUGCCCUUCAGAUGUGCAGGAUGGAGGAGAAGCAGCAACACCGCAGAAGGUUUUACUUCAAUGUCUCUGCACGUGAUGCCUUGUUUGCAUGUUUGUAGCUUCAGCGCAACUCAAAUGAAGAACUCCUCUUGUAAUAAAGCGAUUGAGAAGGUUUUGUGCAUCUGAGGGUAAAAAUUAUUUUUGAGCUGAAGACAAAUCUCUUAUUGUGUGAAUGUAACUGAAACAAGAGGCCCACUUGUGGAGCUUCUGUAAUAAAAGUCCCUUUGAUUUGCUUGCAUUUCAUCCUCCCAGCUUCUUAAAGCCUCUAAUAUACAAUUGGAGAUAUCAUUUCUAUGGUUUCCAUGUUUGCAUCUUGAGGUUUUAACAUAAAAGCCUUGUCAUUUCUCACUGUCGAGCAGCAUCACUUCAAGCUUUCAUCCUUUAAUAAAAUUAGCCGCAACAGAAUCAAUAUAUAGGCUUGUUUACUCCUCUGAUUUGGUGGAACUAGACCGACGUUUGAUGGUUUCAUGUUCAAAGUUGCUUCCUUUGAUUCGUUUUUCCUAUAAUGACACAACUAAUUAUCUUUGAAGGGAGGGAACUGCGUCUCCGCCGGAGCGCACACAGUUUGGUAAAAGCGCACAGAGGACGCGCACUGCGCACAGUCAGAUCUUAGAUAAACAUGUUCCAGCGGCCACCAGUGCUCGUGCAGUCAUAUUUGAUUCGAUUUGGCGGCUCUGCGAUGUCAUUCGCCGUUUAGGAGGAAAAGGCACAGGGACGGAGCGGGACACUGCGCUGUGCGCCACUUUGCUGCCCAACUUUGGGGAGUUGCGCCUGCUUCGCGUCACUCGCCGCCGCGCCUGAAGAUGAACGGCACGGACGCACUGUGCAACAACAGCCAAAGCGGCAACCUGAGCGAGCCGCCGUGUAUCAACUCAGCCCCGUCGCCCUACAGCUACAUCGACAUCACAACUUUCAUGCACAUCUUCCCGUCAAUCUACGGGAUCCUGUGCUCCGUCGGCGUCAUCGCCAACGGGCUCGUCAUCUACGCGGUGGCGGCGUGCAAGAAGAAGAUGGUGUCGGACAUCUAUGUGUUGAACUUGGCCAUAGCGGACACGCUCUUCCUGCUCGUGAUGCCCUUCAACAUCCACCAGCUGGUCAGAGACAGACAGUGGGUCUUCGGGAGCUUCAUGUGUAAGGCGGUGGUGGUGGUGGACGUCAGCAACCAGUUCACAACUGUGGGCAUCGUUACCGUGUUGUGCAUUGAUCGGUACAUUGCUAUCGUCCACCCCACGUCGGAGAAGAGGACCAUCCAGUGGACCAUCGUCAUCAACCUGCUGGUGUGGCUGGGCAGCUUCCUCCUCACCGUGCCCGUCAUGAUGUACGCCACCGUGGAGCGCAAGGAGCAUUUCGAGGUGUGCAUUAUGGCCCUGGAGGGACCCGAGGACAUGUACUGGUACACGCUCUACCAGUCCAUCCUGGGCUUCAUCAUCCCCCUCAUCAUCAUCAGCACGUUCUACUCGCUCACCCUCUACCACGUGUUCAGCUCCAUCCGGCGGGUCAAGCGGAAGCACUCGGUUUGGGCCAAAACCGCCACCAAGAUGGUGCUGAUGGUCAUCGCCGUGUUCCUGAUCUGCUGGUCGCCCUACCACGUGAUCCAGGUCAUCAACCUGAGGAACACGUCCCCCACCAUCCCCUUCAUCUACGCCUACAACAUCAGCAUCUGCCUCAGCUACUCCCACAGCUGCAUCAACCCGCUCAUGCUGCUGAUCUUCGCCCAGAACUACCGCGAGCGCCUCUGCCGCAGGAGCGCGCUGCUCAGCUCCCAGCACUCGUCCAAGCUGACGGUGGUCAAGCCGGAGGCCUCCAGCGGCGCUAACGACGCCUACCGCUGCAACGUCAUCUAACGGUGUCUGAGGAGGCUCAGGCGUGAAGGGACCACGGGGAGGAGGCUCUUCUGGUCUCUAGAAGCACAGGUUGCAUCUAGUACCAUGCUGACACACAGUAAGCGCAGCUCAUGGGUUCUGACCAACAUUGGCACGUUGGAGGAUGAACACAGCGUUCAGCAGGCGACUCAAUAUUAGCUUCACAAUGAAAUUUGAAUUGGACUAAUUCGAUGUUUAAGAUCAGCAUUGUGACGGCUAGACUUGACCUGUAGCCAGAGACGAGGGUCGCUGUCCAAUAAAUGUAAUAAUGAGGUUACGCUUUAUAAUGUAUAAUAUAUCAUUAUAUUACCACAAUCAUAAAAUUGUACAUACUGUACAUUUACAGUAUGAAUCAGUGAUCAAUCAGUGGAACCUAGAGGAGCCGUCAGUGGGCUCAUUGGAGCUGAGUCCUGUCCCUGCACAGGGAGCUGGGAGAUCUCAUGGGAUUCGGCCAUGACUCGAGAACAGCUGACACAUCCUGCAGCUAACGACGGAGCUCAGCGCUUAUGCGUUUGUAAUAAAUACAGUAGAGGAGGAACACUGGUUGCUUUAAACACCAGUGGCUUCAUUACCUUUAGUGUUUCACCAAAAAACGGGCUUUUCCACACCCUCACACCUGAGGGACGGAGGGAUUGUUGAUCCCAUUGGAUGCAUUACAUGAUUUACGGGUGGGUGGCAAAUAAUAGAUGAAGCAUUUUAGUGUUUUUCUCUCCAAGCUUUUAAUCCUCCCGAGCUGCAGCUGCCAUCAUUAUAUGAAGAUCAGGUGAGGGUCAACUGAGGCUACGAAAGGCUACGCAGCUACUGGACAGCUGUGAAACACUGAGAGACGCUGGGGAUGAAGGUGACGCCGCCUGUCUGGAAUAAAUAUUGUUCUAGAUAUUGUUCUAAAUUGCCAAAUAUUGUGAUGGUGGUGUUUUGCUGUCUCUCCCGUCAGCUUUAUAGUGUGGCUGUUUGUCUUCUUCAUCAGUGCAGGACGGAUCGUAUUCACUCUGCUUUCAAGUUUAGGCUUUGAAAUGUAAUUUUUUAUGACAAGGACCUUUUUACAUAAUGAAAGAAAGGAUGUGAUGCAUUGUGCGAGAAUACCGUGGAGCCGGACUGUGUGUACAUCUGCAUAACGACGGGAAGGCUAUUUGCAUUGUGUCUUAAUCACCCUUAUGAAUAAUAUUUACACUGGCACUGGAGCACAACACUUGUCGCGCUGCGAGGUCUGUACACAAACCACAGCGAUCAUCAACACCAGACUAGUGUGUGUGUGUGUGUGUGUGUGUGUGUGCGCGCGCCCCUUUUCUUAGCAGAGUCUGGGUCUCUGGGUCUGGGAAUACAGUAGAUUCAAUCUGUGCAAAUGAGAUUAGGGUAAAAUUAAAUAUUUAAACCUUUUGCCAAUUGAGUUGAUAAUGUACAAUAUCAUUAUAAUUGGCAAAGACAACAUGAAAGCAUAAAAAGUAAACAAUAAGAAAGCUGUCUAAGCAAUAAAAGUAGAUCUGGAUUAAAAUGAUUACUUAAUUUACUCCAGCAGUGUGAAAUAACCUACACCAGCACAGUAGAUUUAGAUGUAGAUGUCACUCAAAAAGGGAGGAAGUCACUGAUGAAAAUGGAAACUAAGCAGCGAGUGGCUAAUAUGAACAGCCAAUCAGAGAGCUCCCUCUCACCAACAGGCGGGUCAUGUAGAGUAAAACCCAGCAAGGUCAAGAAGGAGGAAUUUGUUAUUAACACGCUACAUAUUUCUGCAUAACCCAUAAACCAUGAACCAACAGUGGGACAGUUCACAGUCCACAGUGGUUUUCCUCCAGUGCCUCGUCCAUGUAUGGAAAUGUUCAGUAGUUGUUGGUUCAUGUUGCAGUGAUGGUCUCUGUCUCAAAUGGACAAUAAAAAUGUUUAAAGCUUA